GGACCCUCGCGGCUGCCGGAAGCCGGGUUUGUGGCCGCUCUCAGGAUGGUGAAACACAAGAGGAAGGUGCUGGCCUCAGAGGUGAUGAGUAAGAAGUUGAAGCUGCAGACAAAGGAGCCAUCAUCCCCAGAGGGAGGGGCAGACAGCGGCCUGCAGACCUCUAAGCCUGAGCUGUCUCCAGAGGAAAAGAGAAGACAAGAAAGGAAACAGAAGAAGGAGCGGAAGAAGGAAGAGAAGAAACGGCUCAGGGAGGCAGGCUUUGCUGCUCCCACUCCCACACCUCAGCGCUCAGGGGCCGAGCUGGCCUUGGAGUACCUCUGCAGCUGGGCCCAGAAGCGUGAAGAAUGGCGGUUCCAGAAGACGAGGCAGACAUGGCUCUUGCUACACAUGUACGACCAGGACAAGGUGCCUGACAAACAUUUCUCCACCCUGCUGGCCUAUCUGGAGGGGCUGCAGGGGCGAGCCCGUGAGCUGACUGUGCAGAAGGCUGAGGAUAUGAUGCGGGAGCUGGACACGGCUGGUGGCCCUGACUCCACACAGCUGACGGGACGCCUGCGCCAGGUGCUGCAGCUGCUCUCAUAGGGUCGGAAUCUGACUAUUCAAUAAAGAGGUCGAGCCAGCCA